AUGUUGCGAAGUUGUGCUAGUGCAAACGACGGCCCGUUGGUGCCCUAUCUUCGCAUUUGUCCCAGCGAUCAAGGAAUCAGGGUGCGUUGGGAUGAAGUGCAAUUAAAAUCGCGUAAAGUGGAAGAAAUUCGGGUGAGUGUAAAUGAGGAAGACGGCUCCGGUGGCACGAUGGAGGCGAAGGUGAACGUGAACGAUGGAGUGGUCGAUAUUGAUGGGCUGAGACCCUCCACACUGUAUGCGGUAGAGGUGGAAGGCUAUCGACAGGCUACUCGUGUUUUUGCCAACUGCAGUGUAAUCAAAACCCGCCAAAGCGCUCCUCCGUGCAUAGAGGCUGUGGAAGGAAGAGCACUGUCAGCGACAGAAAUAUACCUAACGUGGUCUGACACUGAGCAUCCCAAUGUCACAGUCAAAUCCUACCUUGCCACUUGUGUUGUGGCCACUGCCCCAGGCAGCUCACCAAUAAGGGCUUCAACCAAAGACAACGAGACGCUGUCUGUUACAGUUGGAGGCCUCAAUCCAGAUGCAGAGUAUCGAUGCACCGUGUUUGCAAAUGGAGAAGAGGUGAAUGAGCACAAUCCGCCGCGAUGCAGAGGCCGUGAAAUGCCAAUUACCAUUCGAACCAUGGCUUUGGGUGCGUUGAAGCAUUGA